AUGGCAGCUACUAAACCUGUUCCCAUUUCCCAGCUGGAGCACCAGAAGAACAACUUUCAACAUAAACUCAUACCCGGUAAAGAGGAGGGUUUAAAGGAUCUCUGUGCCUGCAAGAGCCAAAGAUAUUCAUAUCCUCUUGCUGAAGAAAACAGUCAAUACAUCUCCAGGCAUGGAGAUUCCUGUUUCGGUGGACUGCAGAACACCAGCCAGAUCAAGAUUCCACCAUCUAAAUCAUUAGCCAGACGGAAAGAAGGAGUGGACCGCGCAUAUCCCCUGAAACCAAUUGUUCACCAGCAAGGUAUGAAUGUUGCGGUGGUCAACACAGCACAGCUUGGAAGUGCCCCAUACGUGGAGGAAGCUCCAAAUAGCAGCCAUAGCUUAAUGAGCAAAGGGAGGUAUCAGCCAGAUGCAGUGCUCUCUCCUUGGCCAGCAGAACCUAAACAGUCAGCCUCCCCAUACAGGGGAAAGCUGGCCUACAUCGAAAAGUUGGAGGCAGAUGGACGGAAGCUGGAAAAGAAAAUCCGGCAGCAAGAGGCCCUCCUCAGAGAGAAGCUGAAGAGAACAAAGGAGGUGCUUAGGAGGAUUCAAAGAGAGAAAGAGCUUGCUGAGGCAGGGGAGAGAAGGUACCCAGAAGUGGGGACGACCCAUAAGCAAAGGACCACAAUGCACCCACAGGAGAAAAUCUUCAGAGCUGCAAUCAGGCCGGACGAUGGGGUCUUGCACGGGGCGCAGUCUGCAGAUGCUGCUAUCCCCGAGCCUGGCACCACCCUCUGCCCCCAGGAGCUGGCUAUGAGGAAACACAAGAAGGAGAGGCUGGCAGCCAGCAACAGCAAAAUUCAAGGCCACGCACCCAUGGAACAUUUAGCCUCUUGUUCAAAGCCAGCCCCAAAAUGUGUCUUUUCUCCCUCUGCCAUCUCAGACCGAGUUUCUGUUGACCACCCAUCCACAAAGGUGCUAUGCAUGCAGGCUGACAGUGCUGUUGAGCAGGGGAAGCUUGGACAGUGCAGCGUCUGUGGACGUAAUUUCCUCUGCACCAGGCUUGAGAAGCACAUAAGUAUCUGCAGCAAAAUCCAAGGCUCCAGGAGGGAAGUGUUUGACUCCAGCAAGGCCAGAGCUAAGGGCACAGACCUGGAAGAGUAUCAGCAACUGAAGGACUCAGAGGGGCCUGAGAGUAAGUCACUCAGAGAGAACAACAGGAAACAGAAGCAUGCAGCUCUCAUCCGGACCAUGCGUGAGGCCCGCAAGGUGCAGCAAGUCCUCAGCAAGGGAGGGAAGGUGUCUGAAGUCCCCCAGAUGCCUCCCAUCGAAAACCCAGACUAUGUUGCCUGCCCCUACUGCACACGCCGAUUUGCUCCCCGGGUAGCUGAGAGACAUGUUCCCAAAUGCAAGACCAUCAAGAAUAGGCCUCCACCCCCACCACAGAGGAGGCGCUGCAGAGGCAGUGUCCAACUGUACCCGCCGCUGUGA